GUCUGGGAGCAACUAUUCCAAAGUUGCUCUUCUUUUAAAAUUCAUGAACAUGGGGAUGGUCGACCACAGCUCUUUCUUCACUAUCCAGGACACCUAUUGUGUGAACACCAUAAAGGAGUACUGGACUGAUAAACAACAAGUAAUAGUACAGCGCCUAAAAGACAAAGAUGUGGUGAUCAUCGCGGAUGGAAGAAUGGACAGCCCUGGGCACUGUGCCCAAUAUUGCACCUACACCGCCAUGGAAAAUGAGUCCAGAGAAAUACUCUCCAUCAUCAACAUAGACAAAAGGGAAACGCAGAGAAAUUCUGUUAUCAUGGAGAAAGAGGCAUUCAUCCGAACGGUGGACAGGCUUAUGACUGAGCUGAAGCUCGUCGAAGUUUGUACAGAUGCCCAUGUCCAGAUCUCUGCUCUCAUGAACAAAGGAAAGUACAAAGACUUGGGGCUGCGGCACAGCCUAGACAUGUGGCAUGGGGCCAAGAACUUGGCCAAAAAGAUCCACACUGCAGCACAGAUCAAAGGCCAGUCUAGCCUGAUCCAUUGGUUGAAGGACAUUGUUAACCACUUUUGGUGGUGCUGCAAAAUGGCUGACUUGUCCCACGACUUCCUUGUGCUGUGGAUGGGACUAUUGCACCAUGUGACCAAUGAACACAGGUGGGUGCAGGGGAACUGCCAACAUGAGCCCAUGGAACACGACGGGACAAAGCAGUGGCUCGUAAGAGGCUCAAUGGCUCAUGAGGCUCUAAAGGGCAUUAUGAGAAACAAGCGGUGGCUUAAUGAAGUUCACAAGUACUUGAACUUCAGAACGACAGCUGAACUGGAGUCUUUUCAAAAUCACAUACUAAUGUAUGCCAGUAAGUGUUCUGCAUUUAGCCCACCUGCAUUCGAGGCCAGAACCCUGCUGGCAGCCCUGGACUAUAACUACCACAAAGACCGACCGGACAGGAUGAAACCUGAUGGAAGCAAACAGUUCAGGAGACUGUACAAGAAGAAUGCCAGAAGAUACAGUCUUUAUACACUGAAAACAGAGAAGACGUAUGGCUACAUCCCAGAUCUGCAGGCUCGGAUUCUCCUGAAGAGACUGACUGGCAAAGGAAUGCCAAGGCUAAGGUCCCUAUGCCCUUAUGACCCCAGGAGGUUUGGCCUGCUUCCCCCUGUACCAGCACCAACCACAGAGGAACUACAGAAAAUCCAAGUCAGGCGAGGUCUUGUGCCAGCAUUCUAGACAGAGUGAUUCACUGGAGCAUGGCUAUGUUCACAAACAAACAGUCAUCAGGUGUUUUUCCAGUAAUGUCAUUGCACAGCCUUGACUUAUUUUUCAGUUAGAUUUAUAUCACUGUGAG